AUGUGUGUUGGCAACAGCUCGGAGUUCUGCGCCACCUGCUCCUUCCUGCUGGAUGGGGUCGCCCACCACACCGUGGGCGCUUGGCGAAGUAACAAGAAGCUGGCGCAGCGUGAUGCUGCUGAGCGCACGCUGGGCCUCUUCGUGACCCGCUGGGCCUCGCUCAUCACAUUGGACGAGCUCGCAGGCACGCGGGGCAAAGAGGCCGUCCCCCAGGCGCGCAGCGAGGUGGAGCUCCUCGAGAAGUUCAGCAGAAGCGUAUCUGCUUGCAAGUCGCAUGGCGACGCCCCGGUGAGUUGGAGCCACAGGUGCGAGGACGGUGAGUAUCAAGCCUUUGCCGAAGUGCGUCUGCUGGAAGUGCCUCACACUUUUCCUGGCAGGAAGCAGCCGACCCUCGAGGCGGCCUACGAAGACUCCGCGCGCCGCGUGCUUUGGUACUUGCAGUGCCCUGGCUACGAGGACAUGUUUGAACCGGACGACUGCUACGUGAAAGCAGUUGCACAGGACAUUCCGGAGCCCAGCCCUUGCUGGAACAAGGAGGAGGGGCAUAUUGAAGGCCGCGAGGAGAAGGCUUCCGAGCGGAAGGCGGCGCAGGUCCGGAGCCGCCUUGGACAGGCCCUGGGCGUGGGCGCUGUUCCCGGCGUCCGGGGGUGUGGUCCUGGAGCUAGCGCGGCCUCGAGGACGAAGCCUGGCCUCCGCUCCGGGCCCCGGGGCACCUGA